UGUAGAGGUGCUCUUUGACGCACGGUGAACAAGUUAGCACCUCCAAAUACGAGUCACCAAAAAACUAUUUUUUUUUUCUUAUCUAACAGUAGAAUAAAUAUUUAAGUAUUUCUUCAGGAAGAAAAAAAGAAAAAGAAAAUCGACCUUCCUUUUCCAGUUUCCCCUGCCUCCCCAAUUUUCGAUCAACAAAAAAAUUCACAAGGAAUCGAAGCAGAAAGCAUCAAGAAAGUAGAUACAGAAGAAGAGGAAGAAGUUUUUGAGGAAAAAGUGAAAAGGGGUUCAAGAAAAGAUCAAUCUUUCUUGCUUAGAGAUGGCUCUAAUGCGCCUUCUCACACAGGUUGAAAGGCAGCAACCUCAAUUGAGGCAGCUAAGCAAUUUUCUCAAUAGAACCUAUCUUACGUCUAGAGAGGCGAUUGGAGGUGGAGUACAUGGAGCUGGAAGAACCAAGGGAAGGUUUCGAUCAAGUUAUGUUGGAAGCCUAGCCCGGCGGGCACGUGAAACGGAAGAAACUACUGAUGCAGCAUAUCUGAGAGAGCUAUAUCAUAAGAAUGAUCCAGAGGCAGUCAUAAGACUGUUUGAAGGCCAACCUUCACUUCAUUCUAAUCCAGCAGCACUCUCUGAGUAUGUUAAGGCACUGGUUAAGGUUGAUAGAUUAGAUGAAAGUGAGUUGCUCCGGACAUUGCAGAGAGGGAUUGGCGGUACUGCUAGCUCUCAUGCAGAAGAAGCAAAUAUGGGAGCUCUUUCAGCUUUUAGGAAUGUUGGCAAAGCUACAAAAGAUGGUGCUCUUGGUACUCCUAAUGCUCCUAUACAUAUGGUGGCUGUUGAAGGGGGUCAUUUCAAAGAACAGUUGUGGCGUACUUUCCGGGCUCUUGGAUUGGCCUUUCUCUUGAUUUCAGGUGUUGGUGCACUCAUUGAAGAUAGAGGAAUCAGCAAAGCUGCCUCAGGACUUGGUCUAAAUGAGGAAGUGCAGCCGACCAUGGAAACCAAUACAAGAUUUGCCGACGUUAAGGGUGUUGAUGAGGCUAAAGGGGAGUUGGAAGAAAUUGUUCACUAUCUCCGAGACCCUAAGCGAUUCACUCGUCUUGGUGGCAAACUCCCAAAGGGUGUGCUACUUGUUGGUCCUCCUGGAACCGGUAAGACCAUGUUGGCAAGAGCUAUAGCAGGAGAAGCUGGGGUUCCCUUUUUCUCAUGCAGUGGUAGUGAGUUUGAGGAAAUGUUUGUGGGUGUUGGAGCCCGGAGAGUAAGAGACCUUUUUGCAGCUGCUAAGAAACGAUCACCCUGCAUUAUAUUCAUUGAUGAAAUUGAUGCCAUUGGAGGAAGCCGUAACCCAAAGGACCAACAAUAUAUGAGGAUGACUUUGAAUCAGUUGCUUGUUGAGCUGGAUGGGUUCAAACAAAAUGAUGGAGUCAUUGUGAUUGCGGCCACUAACUUCCCAGAAUCAUUGGACAAGGCACUGGUGAGACCUGGACGAUUCGAUCGCAACAUUGUUGUCCCAAAUCCUGAUGUUGAAGGUCGGAAGCAGAUUCUGGAAUCUCACAUGUCAAAGAUUGUCAAGGCAGAUGAUGUCGACCUUAUGAUCAUUUCUAGGGGGACUCCUGGGUUUUCCGGGGCUGACCUUGCCAAUUUGGUUAACAUUGCUGCUGUGAAGGCUGCAAUGGAAGGUGCUAAAGCUGUAAGCUUGGCUGAUCUAGAGUAUGCUAAGGACAAGAUCAUGAUGGGAAGUGAGCGCAAAUCAGCUUUCAUAUCCAAAGAGACGAGAAAGCUUACAGCCUACCAUGAAGGUGGCCAUGCUCUUGUGGCUAUUCAUACAGAUGGGGCUCUUCCAGUGCACAAGGCAACCAUUGUUCCACGUGGAAUGGCUCUUGGUAUGGUUGCUCAAUUGCCAGAGAAGGAUGAGACUAGUAUGUCCCGUAAGCAGAUGCUUGCUCGGCUUGAUGUUUGCAUGGGUGGACGAGUUGCUGAAGAGCUCAUUUUUGGAGAAAGUGAAGUAACUUCUGGUCCUUCUAGCGAUCUCCAGCAAGCAACCAAUCUAGCCAGGGCCAUGGUUACAAAGUUUGGUAUGAGCAAAGAAGUGGGGCUUGUUACCCACAACUACGAUGAUAAUGGGAAGAGUAUGAGCACUGAAACGAGGCUUCUCAUUGAGAAGGAAGUAAGAGAAUUACUUGAAAGGGCUUACAACAAUGCGAAAAUGAUUCUCACCACCCAUAUCAAAGAGCUUCAUGCUCUUGCCAAUGCAUUGCUUGAGCAGGAAACGAUGACCGGAAAUCAGAUUAAGGCCCUGCUUACCCAUGUCAAUUCUAAACAAACACAGCAAAAGAAACCUCAAUUAGUCUCAGAGGAGAGUCCAUCACAGCCCAAUCCAUCUCCUCCAUCAAAUCCGGCUGCUGCAGCAGCAGCAGCAGCUGCAGCCGCUGCAGCUGCGGCCACUGCCGCAGCCAAAACCAAAGGCAUUGCUCCUGUAGGAUCUUAGUGUGGUAACUUGUUGCUAGUUUUUAUCAAUCCAUGUGCAUAUAGUGGAUCAUUCUCAUGCAUGUUUUCCACCCUUUCGUUGCUAUCAAGAAGGUGAUUAAUGUGUGGAGGUGAGUUUUAGAGGUCAACGGAAAUAGUAGCAGAUAAAUGUCAUAAAUACUGUCAAGUGUGUCAUUUUUAGCUGACCUCUUUCUUCUGGUGUUGUAAGCCACUUAGCUGACCUUUACAGAUCUUAGUUUGAUUAUCUGCAGACUCAUUGCCAAUUGAGUUGGACACUUCUCAUGAGUAUAUUGUAAAAUUAGGAGUGUCACAAACUUCAUAGCUUUCCAAUAAUGCAAUUAAUGGUUACCUACCUUUUCUUUUGGCUUUUAGAAGCUGUUUAGCGAGGAUUUUAGUGCAGUAUUUUUCUUAAUCACAUAAUUGUCAUUUGAGGGCU